AUGCCGUCAUUCGACCUCGCCGGAUCGUCGCUCCCGGAAGCCCAGCCGAGCCUCGCCAACCCCGUCGAGGGCUCCGGCCUGUCGCUCGACCGCCGGCCCAAGAAGUCGUCGACCACCUGCGCCGUCUGCCGCUUCCGAAAGGUGCGCUGCAACGGCCAGCGCCCGUCCUGCGGCAAUUGCCAGCGCCUCGGCUUCCCCUGUUCCUACGACGAUGCCGACGUCGACACAUGGUCCAUGUCAUUGCCGCGCCGCCGUGUCAAGCAGGCCUGCUUGAGCUGCCACAGCCGCAAGGCGCGAUGCUCCGGCCAUCUGCCCUCGUGCGAGCGUUGUCGAGCCCAGGGCAUCGAGUGCGUCUACCGGCCCAACAAGCGAGCCAAGCCGUCGUCGGCGGGAGCCGGCAUUGCGGGCUCAAAGAGCCCCAACAGCCCGGAUCAAGACCGCGACCACGAUGAAGGGCGCAAUGAUAGCCCGGCAUUGACCGACCGUGCCAGCUCCGCCAGUCCAGGGGCAGACAACCAAGGUCCGCAGAUAGAUGAAAGCUUCAGCUCCAUCGUCAGCCGCGCAUUCGACCUCUUCUUCCGUCACGUCCACCACAUGCCCAUGUUCACCUUCCUGCACCGCGCUUCUCUAAUGGAGCAAUAUCACGCCGGCAAAGUCGACAGGGCGCUUCUUCUGGCACUGGUCGGCAUCACGUCGUGCUUGACCAACAUGGGCCCGGGCAUGCGCAAAUAUGGAAACCGCUGCAUCAACGAUGCCGAGGCCCUCCUCCUUGCCGACUACAGCCGGCCCUCGAUUGUCAAGAUCCAGGCCCUCGUCUUCAUCAUCAAACACCGCAUCCUCUGCAAUAAAUUCUCCAGCGCCUUUGUCCUGCACAGCUUCGCCUCUCGGUACGCCUCUGCUUUGCGCCUCAACUACGAGGCGCCCCAUCUCCGCUUCCUGGCUCAAGAGUCCCGUCGGCGCCUUAUGUGGGCCCUGUACUGCAUCGACACGAGCAUCUGUGGCGGGUAUCCGGACUUUGUCCUCUGGAGAGCCGACCAGAUCCACGUCUAUUUGCCGUGCAACGAGCGCAACUUCGAGUUUGACCUGCCGCAGCAGACGGAGAAGCUUGUGCCAGACUCACACCAACCCCGGCCGCCGCUGGCUGAGGAUAUCGGAACUCUGGCCCUUCAUGCGCGCAUCCUGCACAUUCGCCAGAAGAUCAUCGAGUUCACAAAGGUAGCUCAGUAUGACCGCGGCAUGGAAGCCGCCGAGCUGCAGGGCCGUAUCUUCGCGCUCGACAAGGAGCUCAAUGACUUUGCCACCAACCUGCCGACCUCGUUCCAGUUCUCCGAAAACUCGCUCCGUCUCCGUGCCUACUCGCCGAGACUAUGCAUCUUUGUCAUGAUCCACGUCUGGUGGCGCCAGUGCUACUGCGACCUCUAUCGCCUUGCCUUGGUCAGCAUCAGUGGAGGUCUGCCGCAGUCCAUGCUCGACAUGUUCGACCAGAGCUUCCUCGAGCACUGUCAGAGGCAGUGUGUCGACCACUCUCUGGCGCUGACUCUCAUCUUUUCACUCAUCCAGAAGCUGGGUGCAAAGCCAGUGGCAGACAUUGAUCUGGCCAUGUGCGCGUAUCAGUGCGCGCGGAUGCUCAUGUACCUUUUCCAGUUCGGCAUCUUCGAUCGGUUCGGCGUCACGGCAGAAACGGUCAUGGAGCAAGCUCAGCUAUGUCUUCAGACCAUCAAGGACUGUUGCGUGGGGCCCGCGGUGGACUGUAUCGUGGCCGAUUUGGAGAGGCUCAUCAACCAGGACCCCAAAGCCGCAAUACGAGAAGGGCUACCGGGGGGGCCGCCGAAUCUCCAAAUGACAGACGGGCCAGAUGUUCUCAGCGCUCCCGCUGCGACCGGCCUGCAGCCUUUUAGCUCCCCUUCAGGCGCUGUCAACAACACCGUCUCGCCUUUUACUCAUCCCGUCAUGACUGCUCCCUGGAUGUCGGAAACGGGCUUUGCCUCAGGACUGGACCAGCAAAGUCUCCCGCCAGAGGUCCAUGCCAAUCCUAGCAAGGGCGGAACUCCCAGUCUGUCUGCACCGCGGUCGGAGUUUGGGCAGUCUGAUGUGAACGCAUACGACAGCACCUUUGCAGGGCUCGGGCUGGACGAUGGAUUUGAUUAUGCCAUGGGACUAGACAUGAACAUGUGGGCGACCAACGGGGGCAGCUGGACUGCGCCUGGCUAUGGGAAUACCUGGAUGUGA